AUGACGACUCUCAUUACCCUCCACCAGCCGCUGGAACUUCUUAGCAUGAGCGACCAGCCGGUGCGCCGAUCAAAGCGCCAGCCGGGUUCGUUGGCCCAUUAUCCGAGGAAAGGAGGAAACGUAGGAGACGGGGAACAGAAGCUGACGAGGAGAACAGCCGCCGACUACGAACAAGACGACGAUUUUCAGUUUGUGCGAAAAUCAAAAAAGGCGAAAACCGACGAGUCACAGUCAGUGGCUCUUCCUGUCAGGAAGUCAAGAGGAAGGCCAUCCGCAGCAGCCGCAGCAGCGAGGGAGCGGGCGGUGAGGGAGUCGAUUGGCGGUGAUGAGGACGUGGAGCUGAUUGUGGCGGAGACGGCCCGGAAGUCGACGGCGACGACGAAAAAAUCUUCCUCUUCAAGGCGAAAAGCGUCGAGUGACGCGAUCCAGGACGAGCCACCUGCCAAGGUUUCAAAGAAGGGAACGAGAAAGAGCUCGCGAAUAUCAAACGAAGAUGCAUCACUGGAGGAGGAGCAGCAGCAGCCUCCGCCAAGGACUAAUGGCUCCUCAGCCGCCCAGGGCCGUAGCAAGAAGGCGGCCAAGCCCAAGGCGCCACCACAGGUGAUACAGGAGGAGGAAGACAUGUCCACGGCAGAAUCGCCAGGUCACGACAGGGCGGAGCAGCCUACCAAGAUUGCGCUCCCGAUGAGCGACACGCCCAUCAUCAACCGCAACAAGGAAAUGCGAAAGAAAGGAGAGAACGGCAUCAGAAGAAGCAGCCUGGGAUCUCGCGGACGCAGAGCGAGUUCAUUAAUCGAGAGCGGGCAGACGGCGAUUCCCCAUCGUGAAGUUAGCACGUCUGCCUUUUACAAGCACAUCGAGGCGGAUUUACUGGAGCCGCGGCGGAUGAAGCAGCUACUAAUAUGGUGUGGUGAACGAGCAUUGUCAGCCAAGCCGCGCGGCACCUUGAAUUCUGGCGCAGUGCUAGGAGCCCGCGCGAUUCAAGACCAGCUGCUCAAAGACUUUGGGUCAAGAUCAGAGUUUUCAGACUGGUUCAACAGAGAAGACAACGUACCGAAAGCACCGGUCAUACUGAAGCCAAAUCCCCGUAACAUUGAGUUGGACGAGAAGCUGGCAACCUUGGAGGCGAGAAUCAAGAGGCAAGUUGACUUUGAGCAAUACUCUCAAUAUAAGAAGCCAACUAACCCGGACUUUAGACUGCAAGAGGAAAAGAAAGCGUGGCUGGCAAUACGGAAACCACCCCCAGAGCAACCAGCUCUAUUUACACCAAAGGAAAAGGAAGCAGAGACAAUCACACUACCCGAUUUUGAUUUGUUGGACCCUGAUGAAGGCCGAAUCAGGGGCUUUCUCGUCGAUGAAACCAACGCCUUCGCCAGUUUACGAUCACAGACACAGGCGCGACUACGGCACAUCCAAUCGUCUCUCGAAUUCGAGGUGGAUCAAUUUGCAGACAACGUUCAUAAGCUGGAGCAACGGGUCAAGGUUGCGGGCAAGGAGGCCGACCGAGUACUGAGUUUAAGCGCCGUAAGACUACGGGAGCGAGAAGAAAGGGAGAGGAAGAGAGCAGGAACCAAAGACAUGCCGAUUAUGGAGGUAUUGAGAAGUUUAAGCAGCAUACUGCCUGAAGGAGGAGGUUGA